AUGACAAGUGAUGGCGUGCUUCAAGAUGGCGCUGGUAAAAAAAGACGAAUUCGAAAGCCUGCGCCGUUCCAGCCAGGGUUCUUGAGAAAGAUUCGAGUAUGGAACUUUACCACGUAUUCAUAUACCGAGUUUAAUCUCUCGCCGACCUUGAACAUGAUCCUAGGACCAAACGGAACCGGUAAAUCCACUCUAGUGGCAGCAAUCUGCAUCGGAUUUGGAGGCAAAAUUGACUUGAUCAAGAGAAAGAAUUUGAAAUCCAUGAUCAAAACCGGCCAUGAGAGGUCGGUGAUUGAAAUCACCAUGGAAAAUGUCGAGGGCAAACGUCCACUUGUUAUCAAGAGAGACUUUUCUGCCAAGGACACUGUUUGGACAAUCGAUAGAGUGAAGGCCACUGAGAAGCAGGUGCAUGAAUUGAGACGGAAAUUCAAUAUCCAGUUGGAUAAUCUUUGCCAUUUCCUCCCACAGGAACGUGUCGCUGAGUUUGCAGCGUUGUCGCCGGAAAAGCUCUUGUUGGAAACAGAGCGGACUUUGAAAGACGGCCAUCUUUUGACUUUGCACGAGGAUUUGAUCGACAAGGACAACAAGAGCCAAGAACUAAAAUUCAACAUUGACCGAUUGAAAAGUAGAUUGGUGCAGUUACAUAAUGAGCGGUCGAAAUUGGAAGAAGAGGCGAGGAAGUUGGAAGAGUAUGAGAAAAAAUCCAACGAGAUUAAAAACCAUAAGCUCUUGGUCCCGUUUGCCAGGUGGCAGGAUAUGAAAAAGAAACAAUCGCAUUUGAAAGAGGAGCAGAAAUUGGCCAAGAAACGAUUGACUUCCUUUGAUCGCAAUUUUGGGCCCUUGAAAAAAAAUGUUCACGAGAUUGCCACCGCAAUUGCGGCUCAAGAAGAUGUCAUUGCAAAAGUCAAGGGGGAAGCAGUCACUAUCGAAAGAGAAAUCAACUCAACCAAGAAGGAGCUAAGAAAAAUCCAGGAUGAAAUUUUAGAACAACUUCAGAAAUUGGAAUCAUACAGGAGCAAAGGUGAAAAGAAGAAAAAUGAGUUGGACCUCACAAGGAGAGAAAUCCAACAAUUGCUCGAGGACCGUGCAAAUUUGAAGGAAGUAGACAAGAGAGAAAUUGACCAUUUGAAUGCCCAGUUCUCUGAAAAGAGAUCAAGUUUAAGAAGUCUUCAGGAGCAGUUGAAUGAAGUCCAUGGUCAGGUCAACGAACUGGGCUCAAAUUUGAAAGAUUUGGUUAAUAAAUUACGACGCGAGGAGACGAGGCUUCAAGGUAAGGAUAAACUAGAUCUAUUGGUGACGGCGUCGAACCUGGGAAAACCGUAUAGACUUCGAGACGAGUCUCUCAAAGCCCACCAAAUGUUCCGAGAUAUCCAGGACCUCCAGGGGAAAUACUUUGAAGCGCCCGUGGUCUCGUGUAACGUGACAGAAAGGAUCUUUGCAUCGGCGAUUGAAAAAGUCAUUGACAAUAACUCCUUGUUUGCAUUUUCAACCACGUCGGAUGAAGGAUACGAGUUAAUCACGCAAAUCUCGAGGGAAAACCGAAGCAAUACCCCACUCCGAAAACUCGCAGAUAUUCAAAUACCGAAACCGGACAUUUCUCACGAAAAAUUGCAAGCUUUGGGUUUUGAAGGCUAUUUACUAGAUUACAUAUCGGGCCCUCAAGCAGUGCUAAGCAUGAUCUGCAAGUCGUCAAAGCUCCACACCAUCCCUGUUACUCGAAACCGGUUGAGCGAAGCGCAAAUCCACAGAUUGACCGACUCGAGAGGGAAUGUGCCGUUCAAAAAGUUUAUUAGUGGCGACACCUUGUUUAAUAUCAUCAAAUCCAAAUAUGGGUCUCAUCAUGUUUCCUAUCAGACUGAGCAAAUCUCUAGAUCCAAUUUCUUUGAGAUUCCUGGAUUAUCCGAAAAGGACAAGGACUUGAUAGGCGGACGGAUCAAGCAAUAUCAAAAUGAGAUCCAGGCGAAAAAGGAAGGGUACCAGGAGUAUAAACUACAAGCUGAAACUUACAAUACCCAGAUUCGUAAUGUCAAGCUUGACAUGGAGGAAAUAAAGCGGCAUCUCAACGAAUUGCAACAAUCGAUGAACAAUGCAGCGAAAAUCGACAGCCGAAUCAAUCUCAAACGAACCAGAGAAAAAGAACUCGAAAGGGAUGCUGGCCGCGAUUAUUCAAACAAGAUUCGAGGGUACGAACAGCGAGUUGCCAACAAGUAUACCGAGUUUUCUGCAAAAUCAGCCGAAGCCAGCGACUUGUAUGCUCUAUACUCGCAAAAGCAGAUUGAAAGCAAGCUCUGCGACUUGGCCAUGCUUCACUUGCAAAAUCGCGAAACUUCUGCCAAGUCCUUGAUAGAGGAGCUUAAAAAUAUUGAGAGCAAACUCAAACUGGACUACCAGGCUGCCAAGGCUGAGUACGAAAAGAUCAAGGACUCGCCCGAGUAUCAACACAUGAAAGAGGUGAAUGAACAGUAUUCGGAAGCCGAUCGAGCCUUGAUUGCAGAAGUUGCCACACCCUACCUUGAGGCGGGCACAUUCACCGAAGAUAUCAUCAGCAAUAAAAUUCUGCACUUGUCAGACGAGUUGCGGGUGAUGUCGAGUGCCGACAAGGGCUCGUACGAACUUCUCAAGGAAAAAGUGGCGGAAAUGGAGGCCUUGGAGAAGGACUUGCCCCGAUACGAGAAGGAGAAACAGAAUGUGGACGAGAGGAUAGCCAAGAUUUCAGCGUCAUGGGAACGGGACUUGAGUAUGUUCAUUCAUCAGAUCUCGUUGGCCUUCAGCAAGAGGUUUGGGAAAGUGGCCAGCGAAGGAAGAGUAGACCUAGCGAAAUCUGAACGGUUCAAAGACUGGAAGUUGCAAAUCAAGGUUAAAUUCAGAGACGAGUCGGAGCUAAAGAUCCUUGAUAACCAAUCGCAGUCCGGUGGCGAACGCGCAGUUUCCACCAUUUUCUACAUCAUGGCGUUGCAAGGGCUAUCGGAUGCACCAUUUAGAAUUGUGGACGAAAUCAAUCAGGGGAUGGACCCCAAGAAUGAGCAGAUGGCGCAUAGGUAUCUCGUGCACACCGCGUGCAAGAAUAGCAGAUCGCAGUAUUUCUUGGUGACUCCCAAAUUGCUAACCGGGUUGUAUUACCACCCAGAUAUGAUGGUGCACUGUAUCUUUACCGGGCCCUUGAUUGACGUGAAGAAUAACAAUCGCAGAUCAACUGGACGUUUUUUGGACUUUGCCAAUACGCUUAUAGCGACGUGA